AUGAAGCCACCAGUACGGGCUUGUACCAACUGUGUCCGAGCAAAGACCAAAUGUACUCCCCAGGACUCCGGGCCGUGUGAAAGAUGCGUCCGGUUGAUGAAGCCCUGCCAGCCAUCCCCGCCCGUACGUAAGCGCCGGACGGGGACUAAAGCUUCGGCAAAGGAUGUGCAGAAGCUGGAGGAGAAACUGGAUGGGCUGGUCAAUAUCCUCAGAUCUGCGACCCAGCCGGGCUUGUUGAACGGGGCCGUCUCCGCGGGGCAUGUAGUUUCGAGCCAUGCAGAAUCUGUAUCUUUGUCGACGCCUCUAGCUCAAGGCGCACCUAUUACUCCGGCCAGCUCGAUCGGACAUCCUGAAACCGUCGCUCAGACUUUCGAGCCCAAUGACAGCGAUGCAGCUUCGUAUCUGAAUCGGUUUCGUUCCGACUUCAUCGGCCACCUGCCCUUUCUUGUCAUCCCAGCCUCUCUGACAGCGACUCAGCUACGUCAGGAGAGUCCACUGCUCUGGCUAGCGAUCAUGACUGUUGCGUCCACCCGCACCAUGCAGCAGAGAGGCUUGUCUAAGCAGAUUCGAGAGCGAUUCGGCCGCGAGGCCUACGUAGAGGGGACCAGGAACAUUGACUUUCUCUUGGCCGUUCUAGUGUAUACUACCUGGGACCAUCACUACUCCUUUGACAAGCCGAUCUUCACCAGUUUGCUACAGCUGGCUAUCGCGAUUCUCUAUGACCUCGGUCUGGACAAGCCGCCGUCCCAGGACCCCGGUCUUCUACUCAGCUAUGACCUGAAAGGCAACAGUCGGCCGUCCCGUUGCUCCCGGUUGCCCUCUAUGGAAGAACGCAGAGCGUUGCUCGGCUGCUAUCUCGUGAGCUUCACGUCAAAUCUCUCACGAAACGGUGAGCCUCUUCAGUGGACACCCUAUUUCGACGAGUGUCUUCGUGUCGUCGAAGAACGAAACGAAUCGGCGAACGAUGCCUUGCUGGUACAGCUGGUCAAACUGCGACUCAUCACUGCAAAAGCAAUGGACCCGGGGACAAACCCGACUGAUGCCCACUUCAUGCGGCCAUCAGCCUCCUUUUAUUUACAGUCACUUCAAAGACAGGUCCAUGACUUCAGAUCACGCAUUCCCUCCGAGCUAGCCGAUAACAAAAUCCUGCAAAUGGAGCUGCUAAACACGGAGAUGAUGAUCUAUGAAGUUGGCUUCUCUUCCCCAGAUCUCUUCCCCCCCCAGUCAAAUCAACACUUCGAGUGCCUGUUUGCCUGCCUGCAGACCAUCAAGUCCUGGACGGACACUGUCCUCACCUUUCGGCCCGAAGAAUAUGUCGGGUUUACCUGCUUGAUAUGUUCCAACAUGGCGCGUAGUCUGGUGAACCUGUAUCGUCUCACCACGUGCGACUAUCCCGUAUGGGACCGCAAGCUGGUGCAGGAAUCGGUAGAUGUGUCGUCGGUGCUGGAAAUCGCAGCACAGCGCUUUUCCCAGGUCAAAGAUGCGGCUGGACUCGAUCCAGAGGGCUCCGAGCAUCUCGAUUUCUUCAUGAUCAUGGCGGCGAAAAUGCAGGCUAUGAAGAUGUCCUGGGAUACGGUCAUCGUCCCGACCACAGCAGACUCGUGGACUCCAUCCGCGGAUGACCUGGAAAUGUUCUCCAACGAAUUCCUCACGAUGUGGAAUUGGUGA